CACCUCUGGGUGAUUGGUUCGCUUUUCGGCGGAUGAUGGAGAAACGUAAACAGGCCGAACUGCUGACCCUGCCGUACCACUUGCUCCCGGGGCCCAUGGGCGUGCCUGGGUCCCUGACCCGCCUUCCCCUGCGGGACCCCUUCAGGGUCUCCUUGCGUCUGGACGCCGCGUGCUGGGAGCGGGAGCGGGGCGGCUGCGCCCCGCGGCGGCCGUACUUGCCCCCGCCGCUGGACGGCACCUUCGAGCCCGCCUUCCUCCGCAAGCGCAACGAACGCGAGCGGCAGCGGGUGCGCUGCGUGAACGAGGGCUACGCGCGCCUCCGAGCUCACCUGCCCCGCGAGCUGGCGGACAAGCGCCUCAGCAAAGUGGAGACGCUCCGCGCCGCCAUCCGUUACAUCAAGCACCUCCAGGAGCUGCUGGAGCGCCACGCGCGGGGUCAGGAGGGCGCGGCCGGCGCCGGCCCCUCGAUCAGGGCCGAAUGCAACAGCGACGGCGAGUCCAAGGCCUCGUCGGCGCCUUCGCCCAGCAGCGAGCCCGAGGAGGGGGCCUGUUAG